UCCGUCUUUUCAUAUUUUUCCAAUUCAUUGAGAAGUAUUAAAAAUUUAUGAAAGUAUUUGUUAGUAAGCUCCAUAUGUCAUACUAAUCAGCAUACGUUUAUGCCGCGAGGAACACAUGUGAAGAAGUGAAACAAUAAAGCUAUUCUCUAGUAAAAAUCAGUUGAAAAAACAACUUUCGAUUUUAACUAUCAUAAUUCUGUUUGCCAUCUGCACAAGAACCAACAUCGGAAGACACAAAUAGCAGUGUACCAAAAACACGCAUGCAAAGCAGCAGUAUCACAUAAUAGAGACAAUAAGGGAAAAAGUUAAUGAGUUCACUUGGUUUUAGGAGAUGAAGUAGGACGAAUCGUCCAGGGCCUACUGCCAGGGUUGGGUGUGAGUGUAAGAUGUCCGUUAGGAGAAGAUGAAAACGAUCAUCUGCACCCAUACCCCACACCCAUGUAAAUUUUGAUUAAGCGAAAAAAAAUAUUUUCAAUAAGAUUCUUUUUCUUUUUCUUAGAUGAAUAUAAAUUUGGUGGUUAUGAUCGUGGGAUCAAUGAAUUUCUUGAACCAAAUAGUAUUACUUUUCUAUCAGAUAAUACCAUUACAGUUGUUGAUACUAAUUCAAGUCAAGUGAAACUUUUUGAUUCUGAUUGA